AAGUCGACCUUAAUACUACUGAGUUGCAUGUUUUCCUAACUAGAUCAUAGGCUGAAAAAGGCAAUCGCAUUCUUGAGCUUCAAAAUGAGCUCUCUGAAGCACAAAAGCAAUCUUCGCAGCCGACAUCAAAUACUGCUGCUGCCGAAUCUUCAUCAGCCCCGGGUACAUCUGAGGAGAUCCAAAACCUGAAGGACGAACUCGCCACGGCGCGAAAGGAGGUCGAGGACUUGCGGACGCAGCUAGACAUGACGAAUUCCACCAAUCAUGAGACGGAAAACGAGACGAAGGCAGAUGCUGCACAGGCUGAUGAGCAGUCUGCUACGAUCAAGGCCGCGCUCGAUCAGCGCGAAGCUGAAUUGAAAGACCUCGAAGCUGACCUAGAGCGACGCUUGACUAAUGUCAAAGACCGUGAAGCAAAAUCAGAGGCUAUUCUGGAGAAGGCGAACGGUAGAGUCCGAAAAAUUCGAUCAGAGACCAAUGAAGAACUGGAUACUCUGAAGAAGGCUCACCAAGCGGAGAUCGAGCGUCUCCGCCAUGAGAAGCCCACCACUGGUACAUCCAACAAUGCCUCAGCGGAUCAAGACGUCCCGACACCAACCCAGCAACCUUCCGCCCAACAGGUGCCCGAAGGUGUGGUCAACACCGAAGACCUACCGCGCCCAACAGUUACCGACGAUCAGCUCAACAAUUGGAUCAGGACCAAUCCUGGAGCUAAGAGGGUUGUUGUAGAACAAAUCAAAAACAACAUGAACAAGGCGAUGAAGGGGAAGAACGAAACGCUCGCAAAGUUGCAAAAUGAAGUCGAGGAGCUUAAGGCUCAGAAGUCGUUACAAGCUCCCGCAGCCGUGAAGGAAGAGCCAGAGCAGAGCAAGCCUCAGAAUCUGGAAGAGGAGUGGACUAAAGUCAAGGCUGAUCACAACGCGGCGCUAAAAGAGGCCCUGACGAAGAAGGAAGAAGCUAUGAACAAGAUGUUCACGAUGAGGAGCAAGAUCAAGGACUCGACGAUCACUAAUUACAGAAACAAGUGCAACGUCGUUGAGAAAGCUGCCAAGGAGACACCAACGGAGGAAGUCGCCAAGGUGUGGGCGCUUGCAACUGAACAAGCGAAAAAUCCUCCCGCUGCACCGAAUACACCGGUAAAGCCGCAGGUGCCAGCUCCGGCACAUCAACAUGCUCCAGUCCAGCCCCUCGCACCAGGACAGACUCCAAAUGCGUCAACAAGUCAGGCACAGCAAGCCGCAGCUACAACACCCAAUUCUUCCCAAGCGAACGAUACGAAUGUCAGUCUUGCUACUCAGUCUGCACCACAGCAGCAGCCCAAUCCAUUCCUCCAAACAGGUCACGGAACAGCACCGAAUCCCUUCGCUCUAGCACAGAAUCAAAUGGGUCGAGGGCUUCAACAACCCGGCUUUACGGGACAAGCACAGGUACCUCCUGCACAACAGCAACAGCAAUUCGGACGCGGACGGGGCGAUGGCGUCGGCACCGGUCCUCAAGCUCUUCGGGGCGUCCUUCAGUCCAACCUUCCGCGCGGCGGUGCAACCAGCAUUCCUCUCCCAGGCAGUCGAGGUCGCGGCCAACAACAACAGCAUAACCAGAACCAAGGCCCGGGUACCAAUGCCCAAGGUCCUGGCGUAUCGCAGAUUGGACGCGGGGGCGGUCGGGGAGGUAGUCGGGGACGCGGACAAGCGCACAAUGUUCAAGGUCAAGCAAAUGUGCAGAAUCAAGGUAGCCCCGGUCGAGGUGGUUUGAACGCAAGUGCUCUGCAGUUUCUGCCUGGUGCUGGACGAGGGCAGAAGCGUGGUGCGGAGGACGACAGUGAAGGCGGUGCGCGUGGAGGUAAGCGCCCACGAGGACGCGGCGGCCAAGGCGGUGGCGGCGGAGCAGGAGGUGCAGCGCCAGCUUCAGGUACAGAGUGAGUUGAAGAAGACUGAGGUGAAGAGAUAUGUUUCGAAAAUUAUGGGUAGCAACAUGGUGCCAGCUAUAUUUCCUUUGUGGGUUCGGGGCAUUUUCAUCAUCAUUUGCGAAUCUUACAAGAAAAGGCGGUAUGGGUGUGUAAAAUGAGGGGGUUCAGCGCGAAGGUUUGCUCCGAAUAGGAACAGCUAUGUAUUAUAGCAUUUUUCUGAGCUUGUACUGAAUAUACCACGCACGGUAUUUCUUCUUCUCUUUGCUGAAACCCUCACUCGAUUUGAGCUUUUAUAAGGUUUGCUGUUAUACUAAAGAUCGAUUGUAUAACGCGAUAAUUGACGGACUGAUUGUCUGAUUCACUGGCAGCAGACGAGGUUCAUAUCGAAGCGUGUUCGUGCUAGGGAAAGUGGGGUCUAGAUUCACUCUCUAUAUCCUCGAAUGAUAGAACCGCCCUUCUAGGCAAC